CUCCUUCGUGCCACUUGACUCUAGCCGGAGUGCCGUAGACAGAGCGCUUGGGAGACCUUUAAGGGGAAAGGCAUCUGAUCUCUCCUUCGGUCAAAUGCCCCCCUGGGGCUGUUCCGCUUGCGGGAAAGCGAGAGCUAAAUGAUACCAAGUAGUGCAGGGGAGGGGAAGCGCUCGGGCUCGGGGGUGACGCCGUACUGCCUAGCACCUGCAGGGGGCGCGCGAGUGGGGCUUCUCUGCCCAGCAUCUGCCUCCUCCGGAGCGGAGGCGCCCGGGCUCCUCAGAAGGUGGGAAUCUCUCCUUGCGUGAAGCCGCCUACUCGCCAGCCCCACACCUCCCACUUCUUCUCUGCAGCCCGUCUGUCAGCGAGCGGAGCCAGAGUCCUCUUCCCCUCCGGCGCGGAGGAUGGAGCCAGGCUCUCCGCAGGGAUGAAACUCCUCUCUUGCCAGCAGCAGCAGCUCCAUCGCACACGCCAGCUGAAGUAGCUGGAAGGGCGGCUUCAAAGACCCGAGGAGAUCCCCUCCAUCGCCACCGUCCUCUUAAGAGAGAACGAGAUCCCGAUUGCAGAGCAGCUGCCUCCUUCCAGAUCGGUGGCUCAGUUUCAGGGGUGAAGCUGUUGAGAAUACUACUUGCCUUCCUGAUUUAAAUCUGGUGCAGAGCUGCAUGAAUACUUCUUCAAAUUUUCAUUUAGACCUUUCCUGUAACCACCUAUGCAAGCCAAACUAGGGGAAAGAAUGAAGAAAAUGAGUAACAUCUAUGAAUCAGCGGCCAACACCCUGGGAAUCUUUAGCAGCCCAUGCCUGACUAAAGUGGAACUGAGAGUUGCGUGCAAAGGCAUAUCGGACAGAGAUGCCCUCUCCAAACCUGAUCCCUGUGUCAUCCUGAAAAUGCAGUCUCAUGGGCAGUGGUUUGAGGUUGACAGGACAGAAGUGAUUCGAACUUGCAUAAAUCCCAUCUUCUCAAAGCUUUUCACAGUGGACUUUUACUUUGAAGAAGUUCAGCGGCUACGAUUUGAAGUCCAUGACAUAAGCAGCAAUCACAAUGGGCUGAAAGAAGCAGACUUCCUUGGUGGCAUGGAAUGCACUCUUGGACAGAUCGUUUCACAAAGAAAACUCUCAAAAUCUUUAUUGAAACAGGGCAAUACAGCAGGAAAAUCUUCCAUAACGGUGAUUGCUGAAGAAUUAUCUGGCAAUGAUGACUACGUUGAACUUUCCUUUAGUGCACGGAAAUUAGAUGACAAGGAUUUCUUCAGCAAAUCGGAUCCGUUCCUGGAAAUUUUCCGGAUGAAUGAUGAUGCAACCCAGCAACUUGUUCACAGGACUGAGGUGGUGAUGAACAACUUAAACCCAGCCUGGAAAUCAUUUAAGGUGUCUGUAAAUUCUCUUUGCAGUGGAGACCAGGAUCGCAGACUAAAGUGCAUAGUCUGGGACUGGGAUUCCAACGGCAAGCAUGACUUUAUUGGAGAAUUUAGUUCAACAUUCAAGGAAAUGCGAGGAGCAAUGGAAGGGAGACAGGUACAGUGGGAGUGCAUAAACCCUAAGUACAAAGUAAAGAAGAAGAACUACAAGAACUCCGGCAUAGUUAUUCUUAACCUGUGCAAGAUUCACAAGAUGCAUUCAUUCUUAGACUACAUCAUGGGUGGCUGCCAAAUACAGUUUACAGUAGCUAUAGAUUUCACAGCUUCUAACGGUGAUCCCCGGAACAGCUGCUCACUCCACUACAUCCACCCCUAUCAGCCGAAUGAAUACUUGAAGGCACUGGUAGCUGUUGGGGAGAUCUGCCAAGACUAUGACAGCGAUAAAAUGUUCCCAGUCUAUGGUUUUGGAGCCAGGAUACCUCCGGACUAUAAAGUAGGUGUACAGGUCUCUCAUGAUUUUGCAAUCAACUUUAAUGAAGACAACCCAGAAUGUGCAGGAAUUCAAGGAGUAGUCGAAGCAUAUCAGAAUUGCCUCCCUAAACUUCAGCUUUAUGGGCCUACCAACAUUGCUCCCAUCAUUCAGAAGGUAGCUAAAUCGGCAUCUGAAGAAACCAACACUAAGGAGUCAUCGCAAUAUUUCAUCUUGCUGAUUCUGACGGAUGGUGUCAUUACGGACAUGGCCGAUACCCGUGAAGCCAUUGUUCAUGCCUCCCAUCUUCCCAUGUCGGUCAUCAUUGUUGGAGUUGGAAAUGCCGAUUUCAGUGACAUGCAGAUGCUAGAUGGAGAUGAUGGGAUCCUGAGAUCUCCCAAGGGAGAGCCUGUUCUUCGUGACAUUGUUCAGUUUGUGCCAUUCAGAAACUUCAAACAUGCAUCCCCAGCUGCGUUAGCAAAAAGCGUUUUGGCUGAAGUUCCAAAUCAAGUGGUGGACUAUUACAAUGGGAAAGGGAUUAAACCAAAAUGUAUGUCAGAGUAUGAGUCUUCCAGGACACUAGCUCCAUGAACUUCCCUGGACACUUUUACAGCAUUCAGAAAUGCUACUACUUAACAACUACUGUACUUAAAUGAAAAUAGCACGUUUUGGUGAUUUUUAACUCAAAUACUUUUUUUUGCAUGUGUAGCCUAAAGGCUUGCAGGUAAAGGUUAAGCAACUGUAUUGUUGAAGACUUUUUAUGAAAAAACAAAAACAAAAUUAUAACUCUUUACAUUACAGCAUGUCGCCUUGAAAUGAAAAAGUUAUCUGUAUCUGUUUUUUAUACAGGUUUGUUGAAAUUUUGCUAAAUUUCUUAUUAUCUUUACACUGUAAAGCAUUUUGAAACAUUUAUUGGAAGUUGAUAGCCAAAACGUCUUUGGGUUUAUCUGCUAUGAAAUGAAAAAGAUUUUUCAAAAUGGCAGACGCAUGGACUGUAUUUUGCAUGUUCCAAAAUAAAAACAACACAGUUUUGCA